UACAGCUCUGGGGCAACCUCCACAUCGCUCUUCAGUCCAUUACAUUCCUGCAGCUCUCGCCAUCUCGAAAGUGCUUCUCCGAUGUUGACCCUUGUCUGAUCUCUCUUUUUAAUAAGUUGUUACUUUGUCUCUCUCUUAUCCCCCGAGGCCUUCCCUCUUUUUCCUUGUUUGGCACUAUAUGCCGUUGUGGUGAAGGAGGUAUCGGAAACUUAGCGCAAGUUGCCAUAGCUCUUGAACUUCUGCGUCCGUUCUGCUUGCGCACCGCCAAACCAAGACACGGAACCCCAGACCUAUGUUUGUACAGAGUGGCUGUGAUUGGCCAGUUAUGUUCUAGCUAACCCUGAUUGGUUGUUGGAUUCAAACCGGACCUAUUUAAAAAAAAAAAAAAAAAGUAAUUACAAAGGGGCGGGCGCUCACAGACACAAACAGGCAUAUUUUUUUAAAGGAACCCUUCAAUUAAAUAUUGUUUGACAUGCAAUAGUCAAAAUUAGUUAUUUCAACCGAAAUUAUAAUUACCAUAUCAUGCCUCCCUCAGCUGGGUGUGAGCACACGCUCAAACAGCGAAAAGUGAAGGGAAAAUAAAAUACCACUGAAAGUGAAACCCCCUCAGGUUUCUUUUGUUCAUUUCCGUCUCUGCUUCAUCUUCUCUGUCAAGGUGGUGUGUGGUGACUCAUGGGCCUGAAAGUCAAGCUUACAGUGGACCAAAUCAUAAACACUGACCGGCUCGCAAGGACACUGCUGCCUGAGAUUCCUCUCACAGAAUACACCAUGACAGUUUUCUACCUCGCUAAUGAAUACUAGUGUGCCAGGCCUCUUCUCUAUUGCAUACUGCCUCAGUACAGGCACAGUCUGCAAGAUCCUCGGAUGAGUAAUUUCUUGCGGUUGCAAGGUCCAGAUUCAUUCACGAAGUAUCUGACCCUGGACCUGAGCAACUUCAAUGAAUCACUGGAUGAGGAGCUGGUUGAGGUGCGUGAUCUACUGUGGCAGCUCAACGUCCGGGCUUUCUUAGAAAUCAGCACUGUGCAGAGGCUGCUGUACAUCAGACAGGACAGGAACUUCAAGAUCAAAGUGAGAAUCCAGGUGAGAAUCUACUCUAUUAAGUGA